CCUGUUACAUCUGUGCCGGUGUGUAGCAGUGCAAAAGUGUUUAUCUGGUUUUAUUUAUUAUCAAAUUUUAACUAGUAGUGAACUUUUGGAAUUAACUUGUGAAAAUAUUAAUUUUUAGGAAUAACGGAAAUUUCAAACGAUGCCGCGUAAAUGUUGUGUUCCUGGUUGUAAUUCCAAUUACGACAGUGAAAUAAAAAAGGGAGGUCCAGUUGUAUCAGCCUUUAGAUUUCCAAAAGAUGAAGAGAGAAAAAAGUUGUGGCUUUUAGCUAUUCCCCGCAAAGAUUUUUCACCCACUGCAAAUAGUGUUGUCUGCAUGAAACACUUUUCUGAAGACGAUAUAAUUCGCUAUGACCUGUACAAAACAAAGGACGGAACUACACAACAAUUGCUAUUAAUGUGCCCCAAGUUAAAAGAAGAUGCACUCCCAAGAAUUUUUCCAAAUCUGCCGAAGUAUCUGACUAAAGAAAAGAGUGUUGUCAGGAACGACCCUCAAGAAAGAAAAAAAAAAGUUUUCAACAGAACCGCUGCAGCAAUUGACAACUUUUUAAAAGCAGACAUUAUUCAAAGUUUUGAAAAUGUAAAAAAUGACUUUGCUUCGAAAGUUGAAAGUGUUUCUAAGUGGCAUGUGAUAAUGAAGAACAGUGAAUUAUUUUUUUAUACUUUAAGUGUUGAUUAUGACAAUGGAAGUGAUGAAGGUGAACAUCUUUAUAUAGUUAAUAGCGUUAAAUUGGACCAGAAUAUGAGAUUGAAAGUGGUGAUAAAAGGUAACGAAUUGUCAUCUCAUGAAUUAAAGUGGAUUCUUCCAUAUGAUUUAAAACUAAGUCGAUGGUCCCAAUUGAAAAAUAUAUUAAGCAGGUACCAUAAGUUUGAAGAAAUUAAUUGUAAAUCUGAUCAGUCUCAGUUUGAAUUAUACUUACAGAAAUGUAGGAACUAUCUAGAGAAAUGUUGCGAAAUGGCAGAAAUUCAUGAUUAUGAACACAAAAGACAACUAGAGAUUGUUUUUGAUCAAGUGUCACAAUUAACAUUAAAAAAGCGUAGAUAUUCACCAGCCACAAUCUUGUUUUCGUUUAUUAUGUUUUCAUAUUCUCCUUCGGCCUAUAAGUUUUUGCGAAGUUAUUUGCUGCUACCCCACAAACGCUAUUUGCAAAUGUUAUCGUCAUCAUUUAACAUUAGUCCUGAUAACGAAAGCAAUAAAACAAAAUAUUACUUUUCCUGUGCGGCUUUAGCUCGGCUCGGCAUCGACGUAUGCGGCCGGCCUCCGUAUCGGUUCCUAGGCGCUGUUGCCAGUUCGUACAGCACGGCUUGUUAGUAAAGGAGGCAGUGGCUGGCCACAUUAUUGAAUGAUUUUUUUUUAUUUUUCAAAUAUGCUUUCAAUGCAUUAAUUUUGCUCGGCGCGAAAUUUAAAUUUUCAAACCAGGACACCACAGUAGGAUGGAUUAUUGUAUUACUGUGUACGUUUCAAAGGCAAUGGCAUUUGGUCAUGACGUUAUCAAUUUUUAAUAGAGAGAAAUAAGUAAAUAUUGUACUGUUUCACUUGGUAUCAAUGAAUUUUGCUUGAAAUUGGUAGACUUGUUACUCCACCUUACUUCCUGAUAAUUCUAAAAAUAAGAGUGCAUAAGCAUGAUACUUGCAAGUUUCAAAUAAGAUUUACUCAAUAAAAUUUUGACCUGAU